CCCGCGAUGAGGAGGAGCAUGUUACCACCACGAAUACUCGUCCCGGCAAUCUCGUGUAGGCAUGGUAGGUUCAGCAAGAGGACACCCUGAGUAUAGCGUGCUGGCGACAAUUGCGGGCGUGUGGUCCUUUCGCAGCUUUGGCUCAACUCGCCACGUUCUCUCUCCUGACCCCCACCCCACCACCAAGGCGGUCGGCCGCCACCACCACAACGAGCAUGCUGCGAUCUCGAGCACUCGUCCUAGCCAUUAUUGGUGGUAAGACAUGCGGCAGAGAAACGGGCAUCUGCAGGGCCUCACAGCCUCACAGUAAGGGCACCCCCUAUCGCAGCACCCUAGGGGUGGAAUUAAAAGCGAUUCGCUCCAUGACCGUGUUGUCGAAUUGCGCUGGCUCAAGCAAGGUCGAGCGUCGCCGCAAGCUUGCUGAGGCCGGCCGUGGUGGCGACCCACAGGACUCCGACAACUUCCCUGACAACCAUCAACCAAGCUCGGCCUCGUGCUAUUGCAACAAGCACGGCCGAUGCUGA